CUGUACAGGAUUACCCACUCGCUAUACCUAGCCUCCUAGAAGCCCUUGCUCGAAUUGAUAUUCUCUGGACUGAACAUUAUUCAUCUGGAUUGUUGUGCAGAUUUACCUUACGUCACCGCUGCGAGUUUUGGGAGUGCAUUGAUUGUUUACCCGCUACGCAAGGGCCAUUGAAUUUUGUUUGGCCCAUUUCAUACCAUCUACACACUUGAAAUCGAGGACAUCUUGCGACUCGUGCUUCGCGAUCCAAUCGAAAACAUGAGGAAUCGCUCCUCGUUGGAACCUAUAACGACAAGCGCCACUUCGCCUCUGCGCUCGACUGUCGACCAACCCACCAAAGAACCUCUGGCUCCGAGAUCAUCCAACUACCACACUUCUCCUGCUCUCAAAUCUAUGCUCAUGGACUCAAGAGACUCCCGAGGAAGUCCUUGGCAAUUCAAAGUCACUGUCGAGGCCGAACACAUGUCUACAUCAGACGCACCCACCGCGAAAUCACGACUUGUCCCUCUACACGAUGCCGAGAAUACUCAGGUUCCUGAUCUUUGUCCCAUAUCUCAACUCGGCGACCAUGCUUCAAUCGACUACUCCUUGUCCGAGAUUGAGUCAUUUGAGGAGCCUUCGAAAUCGUCUCGCAAACUGACAGCCGUCGACUCUCUGUCUCCCGAGCCAGGCCGACCUUCAGCUUCUGGUAGGUCUCCCGCGAGUGCAAGAAGCAGAUCAUCAAGGGAUCGCGAGACCGAGAGCCGUGCCAGUAUCGUGUCGUAUCGCACAGAGCCCGAUGCUACAGAACGACCAUGCUUCGAUCAAGACGAAGAGGCAGAGGCCGUUCUCGGUGGUUCCGCCCCUGGAGACGCGACCAUGCUGGAGAGCGAGGAAUUCAGUAUGAUCUCAGUCGACUCCUUGCCUAGCCGAGCUAUCGGCCACUCCUCGCCUUCGCAAGCUCUUCAAGCCACAGAGGGUGAUGCUUCCAUCAACCACUCUUACAUGCCUUCGUCCCCUCCGGCAUUCGCAAACGAUCGUAGAACACCUGUGCCCGAGGAUGCCACUCCGGAGAACCCACAAGCGCCGCUAGCUUCUCAAAAUCCUGAGGCAGACAUUGCUACGCCAUUGAAAGAAAGCGCACGCAAGUCCGGACGUGCGCUGCAGGAUGCACUGAAUGGGCCCUUUCGAGAGUCUGUUUCCAGAGAGCUGCCGGCAGCUCGUGAGUCCAUCUUCAAUGGAUUUAGCUCUGGCACAAGGUAUCAGUUACGCCAAAGCCUACAUACUGGUCAGAACAUGAUCUCGCCCUCGGUCGUCCAUAGCGUCCCUCGCCUGGCACCUACAUCAAACACGUUUUCCAACUUUUCAUCUCCCUUUCAGAGUCCGGUGCGUCAACAAGAGACCUUUGGUUCGCUCCCCAGCCGUCUGGUCGCGAUCACAGCAGAGAAGCGUACAGUUUUGCCUUCAAGCCUUCAGUCUCAGGCUCAUGUCGACUACCCUCAUAUUGACCAGACAUCCCCGAAGGCUAAUUCACCACACGAGCAUCUCAAGACGAGCUAUGGCAACGCACAGAUACCACCGGUUGUUCAGAUGCAAAGCCCUCCACGUUCAUCGCCGCCUUCUGAGCAUGACAUUCCUGAGAAAAAUACCGACAGUCCUGGGGUGGAGGUGGAAACGAAAACUGUGGACGAUGACAAGGACAUCUGGCAGGAGGAGGCAAGUCGUUCUGGUAUCGAUGAAAACGGCUCACCCGAACAAACCGAUCUCUUCCUGGAGGAUCUUGCUGUUAAACCUCGUAGAAGUAAGCUACCAGGCACGUGGCGUCGUACCUCAGGCACUACAUUUUCCUACAGCGACUCUCCCGAGCCUCAAGAACACCGGAAUCGUAAGCCCAGUGCAUCUACCUUGGGUUCUUCCAGGAAGAGUAGUGGCGUUAUGACACCUCCAUCUUCCGAUGAUGGUAACACAGCUGCUGGAGACAAGCCAACCAGCCACAUCGAUGAUUCUGCGAGGCCUACGGUUGAGGAGGAGCUCAGCCAGUCCGAGUCUGGCGACGAUACAGGCAUGUUCUUCCAAUCAAAUCUUCCAUCAGUGUACAACAGAAAGACCAGAGGGCAUGUCUCCGGCUCGGCCAAGAGUAGCUUCGCGCCCAGCAGCCCACUCAGGAACACUGUCUUAGAUAUUAGUCCUCUGAAAAACGCUCAAGCUCUUGGACAUACUUCAGAAGCGAACCUAUCCGCUGGUCCUUCACCGCUUCGUCGAACGCUGGCCAAGUCCAGUCAUUCGAAGAUCACCCGGGAUGCGCGCGAAAGAGAUUUGAACAUCGACACAUCUGAAACCCAAACCGACUCAAGCCUGGCCUCUGAUGCUCAACAAAUACAGAGAGAGUUGAGAGCAAGACCCGGUAGUGGAGCAAGCACGAUCUCGAGUUUGACCUCUGGUAGGCAGAUGAGAGGAUCGAGACGAGCAGCUAGUGCGAACACUAUUGAUCUUACUAUUAGUAAUGCUUCAGAUCAAGACUCAUCAUCGAUCUCAUCAAGAUCAAGGAGUUAUCAAGAAGAGCUGAAUCUUGAAUCACCAAUGCGUGUCAAAGUUAACUUCAACGACGAUGCUGGUAACUCGACUCUUUUGGAGCCUCGACGACAAUAUCCUCCCCUCUUCGACAAUGUCCCGACCCUAACAAAACCUACGACCGACUCGUCUGACUCUCCUCAGCCCAAAUCGCCAUUGCUGCGGUUUACCGAGUCUUUCUGGGAAGCUGUUACCAAGCCUCCCGUCUACGCAUCACCGGAGCGUAAACCUUCGGUCGUACUCGAGUCGGCAUCUGUCACAACUGUACCUGACCAUGUCUUGCGUCUACGUCGCAAAUAUGGUCUCUUGCCAGAUGCUCAUCCGUUCAUAUACGCACACAUCCGCACAUUGCACCGUAUGCUCAACUCGACACGCUCCAGACCUGGUAGCAGUAUAGUGCCAUGUACUGGACCCCUGGGUCAUGGUCUGUCACGUCUGUUGGGUAAGACAAAGACCAACGAGCUAGAUCAACGUUUCGUGUGGUCGCAGACAUACCUGCAUGUUGUGGACUCUUUCAUGUCACUUCUGCUACCACAGGAAGAACGUGAUCGCCUGCAAUACGAGACAGGCUCUUGGGGUGAUGCUGAAGCACUUAGACAUCGUGGACGCGACUCCAAGGGUAGAUAUGGUGAUGAAGUCGUGUUCAAUGGCGUCAAGGGUGGAUUAAUCGAGGCCGCUUGGGUUGCAGACGUGCUUGUGGACAUCAUCUUCAGGGAGGAGAUGAAUGCAAAGAGGAAGAAGGUCGCUGAGAUGAUGGCUCGCGCUGAGAGAAUGCAGAUGUAAGAUUAUGAAGUGUAUUACGAAUUGAUGUCAUUGAGUCGGGGUAGUCUUGGGUUUGACCUCAAAAGUCACAGGAGUUUUUGUACAUGACCAUAACUCAAUUGUUGUGUUGUUCUUACUACCAUGAUGUUCUACGCUGAGACUUAAGACGAGCUCUCACGAUAAACAUCUUCUGUGGUCCUAUGUGGGCAAAGUGUGAAUCGCCUAUCAGGUUCAAUGAAAAAGUGCUCCAG